AUGGUGUUGUUCGUGCUGUACGUACAGGCCGAGCUCGAGAACGUCGAGACGCUGGCCGCCCCACCUCUGCAUCGCUGGUGCCUUGAUGUGCAAGAGCCACGUAGCGAUGAGACACGCGAGGGCGUUAUGGUCUCGGACGAAGAGGGCGUGGACGUGGCAGGUGGUCGUGGUCGCGUGCACUUUACACUCAAGUGGCCUGGCGCGCAAAAGCCGUCGCAGUUGACGGUCAUUCGUGACGUCAAGAACUUGACGCGUCACGUUACAGGCGCUGACUCGGGCGCAUUCGUGCCCUUUGUCGGGUUCGAAUGUCGAGGGUUGGAGGUUUCGGCGUGGCAUCCGGAGAGCGGCUAUCGCGUCAUAUCGAAAGGACGUCGCGCAGUCUUUGAAGACGUGGAUCUGAGCGACGAUUGGGCUGAUUAUGACGAGGAUGGAGAGCAAUCGGUUGGUGUGUAUGGAGUCAAGUGGAAGCUCGAGGUGCACAAGUAA